AUGAACAAUUCUUUGAUCUACCUUGUGCUUGGUUUGGGAUGCAUUUCGGCACAAAUCCCCGCCGCUUCCUCGUCAGCAAAUAUCCGAGUCCCACGACAGUUUCCACCAUUUCCCGAUGGAAGUUGUCAAUCCUGUCGCCCUGUGCCCACUUUCCCUACAGUGAACCGUCUUGCCAACUUUGCUCCUUGUUCAUUUUGGAUGGGUUCAAAUGGAGCGGAUUGCUGGCAAUGCUGUCAACAAAAGGCAUUCGAGAAUCAAUGGGGACAAUUGUUCUUAGUGAGUCCAUCAUUUGAUGGAACUUUCAACACUUGUGUCUGUUGUACCAACUCAUGUGAUGGAGGAUUUCCCCCAACGGGAGGAGUUGUCGCUGCCGCGAUUCAACCAUCCGCUCCACAAGAAACACCUUCAAACCAUUUU